AUGCAUGGACCAGAGAGUUCCAUCAGGAGGAUGGAUGAUGAAGGCCCUGGAUACACUCUAGAUGAGGCACUUAAUUCUGUGGGGUUUGGGAAAUUCCAACUUCUUGUGUUUGCUUAUGCUGGUCUUGGUCGGUUUGCAGAAGCAAUGGAAGUUAUGCUUCUCUCCUUUGUUGGACCUGCUGUUAAGUCUCAGUGGGAUCUCUCCCCAAGCCAAGAGAGUUUGCUAUCAACUGCUGUUUUCGCUGGCAUGCUUAUGGCAGCUUAUUCAUGGGGAAUUUUUUCAGAUAACCAUGGAAGGAGGCAAGCCAUUCAUUUCUCCCUCCUUUACUUCCUCCGAUUGGGUUGGAGGUGGCUACUUGCAUUAUCCACUCUACCAUCAAUUGCUCUGCUUCUCUUGUAUGGUUUUGUACCAGAAUCUCCUCGGUAUCUAUGCACGAAAGGCAGAAUAAAUGAUGCACAUAAUAUUCUGCAGCAGAUAGCUCUGCUCAACCAAUCCAAACUCCCUCCUGGAAUGCUUGUUUUCGAUAGCAAAACUGGAUUGGAUGAAGAAUCUGUCGCAUCAGAAGAUACUCCUCUACUAUCUUCCCGUAGUAAAAUGGCUGUGGAUUUUAAAUCUGCUUUCUCCUCAUUUGUCAUGCUGUUCUCAUCAACAUUAAUUAAAACAACACUGCUCUUAUGGGUGUUAUCCUUUGGACAUGUAUUUUCGUAUUACGGUAUCGUUUUGCUGACCUCAGAGCUAAGUAGUGGGCAAAGCAGAUGUGGCUCAACUGUCUUGCGUUCAGGAAAUCUCCAGGAUGGCAGCCUCUAUGUAAAUGUAUUCGUCACUAGUUUCGCAGAACUUCCUGGACUCCUUUUAUCAGCAGUUAUGGUGGAUAGAUUAGGCCGCAAGUUUUCCAUGGCAUUAAUGUUAGUCUUUGGAUGCAUUUUUCUUUUACCACUGCUUUCCCAUCAGUCUGGAAUUCGAACAACAGCAUUGUUAUUCGGAGCUCGCAUGUGUGUCGCAGGGUCUUUCACAGUCUUUGCAAUCUAUGCCCCGGAGUUAUAUCCAACAGCCAUUAGGGCAACUGGUGCUGGAGUUGCAAGCUCUGUAGGGAAGAUUGGUGGCAUCAUAUGCCCUCUAGUGGCGGUUGGACUGGUGACUGCUUGCCAUCUUACGGAAGCUAUCAUUCUAUUUGAGGUAGCCAUUGCUAGUUCCGUAGUCUGCGUUCUGCUCUUUCCAGUAGAAACCAAGGGACAGGAAUUGAGCGACACUGUAGACCAUGUGUCUGAUUCAAAACAAAUGGAUGGUGAAAGCCCUGUGUACACUCUGGAUGAGGCACUUGCUUCUGUGGGGUUUGGAAAAUUCCAGGGACUUCUGCUUGCUUAUGCUGGACUUGGUUGGUUUUCAGAAGCAAUGGAACUUAUGAUUCUCUCUUUUGUGGGUCCAGUGGUGAAGUCUCAGUGGGACCUCACUCCAGGCCAAGAGAGUCUGCUAUCCACUGUUGUUUUUGCUGGUAUGCUUGUUGGAGCAUUUUCUUGGGGCCUGGGUUUCCUAGGAAUAACUCUUCUAACUAGCGUAGCUGGAUUAGUGAGUGCUUUCUCUCCAAAUUAUGCAUCUCUGGUAAUCCUUCGUUCUUUGGUUGGCAUUGGCGUGGGCGGCACAGUUGUAUUCUGCUCCUGGUUUCUAGAGUUCGUCCCAGUUUCACAUAGAGGCAAAAGGAUGGUUCUCCUCUCAAUGUUCUGGACAUUUGGAACCAUUUUUGAGGCUGCACUUGCAUGGGCUGUCAUGACAAGAUUGAGUUGGAGAUGGCUACUUGCUUUCUCCUCUUUACCAACAUUUGCUCUGCUUCUCUUCUAUCCUCAAGUACCAGAAUCCCCGAGGUAUCUAUGCAUGAAAGGUAGAAUAAACGAUGCACAUAAAAUUCUGGAGAAGAUAGCUCUCUUUAACCAAUCCAAACUCCCUCCUGGAAUGCUUGUUUCCGAUAGCACAACCGAACUGGAUGAAGAAUCUGUCGAGUCAGAACAUACCCCUCUGCUCUCCUCAGCUAGAAAAAUGGAUUUGGAUGUAAGAUCAGGCUUGUCAUCAUUUACUAACCUCUUCUCAUCAAAACUAAUUCGAACAACACUUCUUCUAUGGGAGUUAUACUUUGGAAAUGUAUUCUCAUAUUAUGGUAUCAUGUUGCUGGCUUCGGAGCUAAGUGGUGGGCAAAGAAAAUGUGGCUCAACUGUCUUGCAGUCAGAAAAUCUCCACAAUAACAGCCCCUACCUAAAUGUAUUCAUUACUAGUUUGGCAGAGCUUCCAGCACUUCUUUUAUCGGCAAUCAUUGUGGAUAGAAUUGGACGCAAGCUCUCUAUAGCAUUCAUGUUUGUCUUAGCUUGUAUUUUCCUUUCACCUCUGGUGUACCAUCAGUCUGCAACUUUAACAACAGCAUUGAUGUUCGGAGCUCGCAUGAGUACCAAAGGCUCCUCCUCGCUUUCUACAAUAUACGCCCAGGAGUUAUAUCCAACAGCCGUGAGAGCAACUGGUUCUGGAGUAGCAAGUUCUGUAGGGAGGAUUGGAGGCAUGAUAUGUCCUCUGGUGGCAGUUGGACUGGUGACUGGUUGCCACCUUACAGAAGCUAUCAUUCUGUUUGAGGCUGUGAUGGCCAUUUCAGCGGUUUGCGUCCUGCUCGUGUCAUCGGAAACCAAGGGACAGGAAUUGAGUGACAGUGUAGAUCAUGUAUCUGAUUCAAAACAAGUUGUUGCUGUUGAGUAG